AUUUUCAAAACUGCAUUUAUUAAUUUCUGCCCAUCUUUCUUCCCCCCUCCAUAUAUACUUGCUUUAGCCCUUCUUGUUCGUCCAAUCCCCACUCACUCACUUUCUCUAUAUCAUUCUCCAUUGGGAUUCAUUCUUGAAGUUUUAGCCAGUAAACCAAAACUACAUUGACAUUUUCUGCUUAAUUUUAAGUGAUAAAACUGUGGGAUUCUGUAUUAAAAUGGCUCCCCUGUUUUUGGUGCUUGGGAUUCUGCCUUUGACAUUAGCUGGUGGUCAUGACUAUGGUGCAGCUCUAAGCAAGAGCAUUCUCUUCUUUGAAGCUCAGAGAUCUGGUUACUUGCCCAAAAAUCAAAGAGUCCAGUGGAGGGGCAAUUCUGGCCUCAAUGAUGGAAAAAUCAGCGGGGUGGAUCUGGUGGGAGGAUACUACGAUGCAGGGGACAAUGUGAAAUUUGGGUUGCCAAUGGCAUUCACCAUUACCAUGAUGUCUUGGAGCAUAAUUGAGUAUGGAACCCAAAUGGGUUCUAGUGGAGAACUUGGAAAUGUCCUUGAUGCUAUUAAGUGGGGCACUGAUUAUCUCAUCAAAGCCCACCCUCAACCUUAUGUCCUCUAUGGCGAGGUCGGAGAUGGAGACACGGACCACUAUUGCUGGCAAAGGCCAGAGGACAUGACCACAUCAAGGGCAGCUUACAAGAUCGACCCCAGCCACCCGGGUUCCGACCUUGCUGGUGAGACCGCCGGGGCAAUGGCGGCUGCCUCCAUCGUCUUUCACCGUUACAACCCUGCCUAUUCGGCUGAGCUCCUAAAACAUGCCUAUCAGCUAUUUGAUUUUGCAGACAAAUACAGGGGCAAAUAUGAUGGCAGCAUCACAUUGGCACAGAAGUAUUACCGAUCUGUCAGUGGAUAUGCUGAUGAGUUGUUGUGGGCAGCUGCAUGGAUGUACAAGGCCACGAAUAAUCAGUACUACUUGAACUACUUAGGGAAGAAUGGGGAUGCACUUGGUGGAACGGGCUGGGCCAUGACUGAAUUUGGUUGGGAUGUCAAGUAUGCUGGUGUCCAGACCCUGGUUGCUAAGUUCUUGAUGGCAGGCAAAGGUGGCGGUUAUGCACCAGUCUUUGAGAAAUACCAGGAAAAGGCUGAAUUUUUCAUGUGUUCAUGCCUUGGGAAGGGCACGCGUAAUGCUCAGAGGACUCCCGGGGGCCUCAUUUUCCGGCAGAGAUGGAAUAAUAUGCAGUUUGUGACAAGUGCUUCAUUCCUUCUCACUGUCUACUCCGAUUAUCUGUCCUCUGCCAGAAAAUCCCUGAAGUGUGCUUCUGGUUAUGUCAGCCCGUCUGAGCUACUCUCAUUUGCAAAAUCUCAGGUGGACUACAUUCUUGGAGACAACCCUAGAUCCACAAGUUACAUGGUGGGAUAUGGAAACAAUUACCCGAAACAAGUUCACCACAGAGCAUCUUCAAUCGUCUCGUAUAAGGUAAACCCUUCUUUUGUUAGUUGCCGAGGAGGGUACUCCACUUGGUUUAGCCGGAAGUCAAGUGAUCCAAAUCUCCUUACCGGUGCACUUGUUGGUGGAUCGGAUGCCUAUGACAAUUUUGCUGACCAAAGAGACAACUAUGAACAAACUGAGCCUGCUACUUAUAACAAUGCUCCCUUCCUUGGUAUAUUGGCAAGACUACAUGGUGGCCACAGUGGAUACAAUCAGCUCCUUCCUGUGGAACUUCCUUCACUUAAGCUAGCACCCAAACCAGUUGCAAAUCCAGCUAUAGCCAAUUCAAUUGCCCUUGAGCAGAAGGUGACAACUUCAUGGGUUUUUCAAGGAAAAACUUACUACAGAUACUCAACAAAAGUGAUCAAUAAGUCUACAAAAACCCUGAAGGACUUGAAGCUCUCUAUUACAAAGCUUUAUGGUCCUCUAUGGGGUCUUAUGAAGGCUGGUAAUUUUUACUUCUUUCCAGCAUGGAUAAACUCUUUGCCGGCUGGAAAAAGCAUCGAAUUUGUGUAUAUCCACUCGGCUUACCCAGCAGAUGUCUCAGUAUCAAGCUACUCCCUUGUCUAAGAUGAAAAGAAAGCUAUUUAUGAAGAGAAAUGUGUGUGGUCUUUAUGGGGUUUUUAGUGAAAGAAUUGUGCAUCAAUACAAGACACGGUCAAGUAGGUCUUUUAUCUUUUUAUUUACCGUGAAUUUCGAUUAUGGAAUGAUUUGUUAUCUGAAUAGGGAUUUAGAUGGAGUUAGGCUAAAUAAGGUUGAAGAUUGGAGGAAGAAAGGAGUGAAGAGACAAUUUAAAAGAGGUGCUCAUCCUCCUUUUCCACUUCACUAGUCUGGUAGAGAGAGCUUGAGAAUGAAGAUUGAUACUGAGAAGUAAAGAUUCACUUACUUGUACCUUAAGGUCACUUCUGUACUGUCCUUUUUUUGUGUGUUUGGUUAUGGCAACCUCUACAACAUUGUUUGCAAUAUGAAUACAAUUUCUGCAGUGCUAUCCAAUGUUCAUAAUGUUUUAUGGACUGGAAGGCAUGGAUGGCAGGCAGUUACUGUUAUUAUGAAUUUUACUAA